GCCGCGCCCUUCCCGGUGGGCCCCACCGCCACCGCCGCCAUGUUGCGCCGCGCUGUCGCCGCUUCUGUCGCCGCCUCUGUCGCGACAGCGCGAGGCCUCGCGACAGCGCCGCGGGGGGAGGGGCGGCGGCUGCUGAUGCGGCAGCUGUUCGAGGCCUCCUCGUGCACCUACACGUACCUGCUGGCGGACGCCGGCACCGGCGACGCCGUCAUCAUCGACCCCGUGCUGGAAACGGUGCCCCGGGACCUGCGGCUGCUGCGGGAGCUCGGCCUCACCCUGCGCUACGCAGCCAAUACGCACUGCCACGCGGAUCACGUGACCGGCUCCGGGGCCCUGCGCCACGCCCUCGGCUGCCGCAGCGCCAUUGGCCGGGACAGCGGCGCCAGCGCUGACGUCAUGCUGGGGGAGGGGGACGAGCUGCGAUUCGGGAGCUUCGCGCUGCGGGUGGUGCCCACCCCCGGGCACACCCCCGGCUGCGUCACCUUCGUGCUGGACGACGCCUCCAUGGCCUUCACGGGGGACGCGCUGCUGGUGCGGGGCUGCGGGAGAACGGAUUUCCAGCAGGGCUGCGCGCGCACCCUGCACCGCUCCGUGCACGAGCGGAUCUUCACCCUGCCCGAGGAGUGCAGCGUGUACCCGGGGCACGACUACAACGGUCACACCAUGUCCACGGUGGGGGAGGAGCGGCGCCACAACCCCCGGCUGACCCUGAGCGCCGACGCCUUCGUGGAGCUGAUGGGGAAACUGAGGCUGCCCCGCCCCCGCCUGAUGGACAUCGCCAUCCCGGCCAAUCUCCGCUGCGGGAUCCAGGACGAGCCGUAGCCACGCCCAUUUCCGGCCGAAACCACGCCCAUUGAGCCAAAUUCUUUCAUAAACCACGCCCUCUUUCAGCGAGGCCACGCCCCCUCAUCUUGGAAGCCCCCCAGUGCGUGGCCCCGCCCCCUUUAUACCGUCCCACCAAUAAAAACGCGGAUACAGAACGAG